UGGACGGGCAGAGUGCGGCGGCGCCAAGCUGGCUGGCGGGAGGGCUGGCUGACUGGCGUCUCUCGCGCGCGCCCGGCGAUGCUGGGGGGCGUCUCUGGGGCCGCGGAGCGCGAGGCGGAGGGCAACGCGGCGGGGGCUGUGCCCGCGCCGCCCGCCAUCGACUUCCCCGCCGAGGGCUCGGACCCCAAGUAUGAUGAAUCUGAUGUUCCCGCGGAACUCCAGGUGCUGAAAGGACCCCUGCAGCAGCCCACCUUCCCUUUUGCAGUUGCCAACCAACUGUUGCUGGUUUCGCUGCUGGAGCACCUGAGCCAUGUCCAUGAGCCAAACCCACUUCGUUCCAGACAGGUGUUUAAAUUGCUUUGUCAGACCUUUAUCAAAAUGGGGCUGCUGUCGUCCUUCACCUGCAGCGAUGAGUUCAGCUCAUUGCGGCUACAUCACAACAGAGCCAUUACGCAUUUGAUGAGGUCAGCUAAGGAGAGAGUUCGCCAGGGUCCUUGUGAGGAUAAUUCUCACAUCCAGAAGAUCAGAGCAAGGGAAGUAGCCUUUGAAGCACAGACUUCACGUUACUUAAACGAAUUUGAAGAGCUAGCCGUCUUAGGAAAAGGUGGAUACGGAAGAGUAUACAAGGUCAGGAAUAAAUUAGAUGGUCAGUACUAUGCAAUUAAAAAAAUCCUGAUUAAGGGUGCAACUAAAACAGAUUGCAUGAAGGUCCUGCGGGAAGUUAAGGUGCUGGCCGGUCUUCAGCAUCCUAAUAUUGUUGGCUAUCACACGGCCUGGAUAGAACAUGUUCACGUGGCCCACAGGCAAGCAGAUAGACUUUCUCUUCAGUUGCCGUCCCUGGAAGUGAUCUCCGACCAUAAAGACCCCAGCGCUCAAUAUGAUGUUAAAAGUGACGAAAGUAACAGCUCAUCCAUUAUUUUUGCCGAAUUCACCUCAGAAAAAGAACAGUCCUUACCAAAACCUGGUGUUGAAGACAAUCAGAAUAACGAAUUGGUGAACUACAGCUCCAAUGUAGUCUCCAGAGAUGCUGGUGACUUCGAAUCAUCACUUGAGCUCCGCGAAAGUGACGUGGUUGAUGGGUCUUCCAGACCCAUUGUUGGGCGUCGGCUGCCGCUUCAGCAUAACUCUGACCCAGAGGAGAACUUCGCAUCCACUGAGGAGUCUUCUGAAGAAAACCUCAACUUGUUGGGGCAGACAGAGGUGCCGUACCGCCUGAUGCUGCACAUCCAGAUGCAGCUGUGCGGGCUCUCGCUGUGGGACUGGAUCGUGGAGCGAGACGGCCGGGCCCGGCGCAGUGUGGACGAGGCCGCCUGUCCUUAUGUUAUGGCCAGUGUUGCAACAAAGAUUUUUCAGGAGUUGGUGGAAGGUGUGUUUUACAUACAUAACAUGGGGAUUGUACACAGAGAUCUGAAGCCCAGAAAUAUUUUCCUUCAUGGCCCUGAUCAGCAAGUAAAAAUAGGAGACUUUGGCCUGGCCUGUGCAGACAUCAUCCAGAAAAACACAGACUGGGGCAGUGCAAAUGGGGAGAGGGCGCCAACGCACACCUCCAGAGUGGGUACGUGUCUGUACGCUUCCCCCGAACAGCUGGAGGGAUCCGAGUAUGACGCCAAGUCAGAUAUGUAUAGCUUGGGCGUGAUCCUGCUGGAGCUCUUUCAGCCAUUUGGGACAGAAAUGGAGCGAGCACACGUUUUAACAGGUUUGAGGACCGGACAGAUCCCUGAGGCCCUCAGUAAAAGGUGUCCCGUCCAAGCCAAGUACAUCCAGCACUUAACCAGAAAGAACUCAGCCCAGAGGCCAUCUGCCAUCCAGCUGCUGCAGAGUGAGCUCUUCCAAAAUUCUGGAAAUGUUAAUCUCACCUUACAGAUGAAGAUAGUCGAGCAAGAGAAAGAAAUUCAGGAACUAAGGAAGCAGCUAAGUCUCCUUUCUCAGGACAGAGGGGUAAAGGGUGACAUGAGAGACGGGGGCGUGCCCGUCUAGCCGCAAGGGCUCUAUGAACAGGAAAGUGGACUUAAAACUCUUCAACCGAAACAGUCAACUGGAGUGUGAAUUUUCAACCUUUACUAGGGUGUAGCUGGUGUAACUUUUUUCUUUUUUGGUGUAACUCUUAACUGUAUGUAGGAAUCCUCUAUAGGACUCAUCAAAGUGAGGUUCUGACAGUGCCUUUUAAGGCUGGCAUUUUGCACGUGAGACAACUGGAAACGAACCUGCUCUCGUCUUUCCCUUCUGCCCCGUGCACUCCUUCUCCUGGAUUUCUUACCUUAAUAUCACCAUCCCUCCAACCCGACCGUGAAAUGCAGGCCGCUUCCUCAGCACUUCUGAGCGCAGCCGUGACCACAUCCUCCUCUCGAAUGUUCUGCCACAGGGACACGGUGUGCUCUGAACCUCUCUCUGCCGGAGCCCAGGCCUUGCUGGGCUGUUGAGUCGACAGCUGCCGGCCCCCCGGCCCUCCACACUACGAGACGUCAGCCAGUGGCAUGGCGCACGUCACCCAGCCUGUUCCUGUUCUCUUCACUUUCACCUGGGCAUCACCCCAAAACCCACACCCCCUCAAAGCUUUGCGCCUCUCUGCCCCCAAACCAUCGAUGGGCAGCUGCGCGCUCAGCAGCCCUGCCUUUGCCCUGCGUGGUUCCCGUGGGCUUCCUCCUCACAGACCCGCGUCCCCCAAACCUACAUUCCUCAAGGCAGCAACGUGACAUUCCUGUUUGUACCCCAAUGCAUUGCCGGCAGCUGUCAUGGUAUAUCGCACACAGUGUCCAUGGAUUUUAAAUAAAAUGAA